GCUGGACCCUACACAAUGGUCCAGACAUCGACAUCCCCAUCUUGAAACUAGCACUGAGAGGGAGGUUCUGCUGGUCCCAACUUACAGAUGGGAAACAAAAUCAACACAGCCCUAAAGAAGAGGAGGAAAGCAAAGUUCCUGUCUCCUGAUGUCACACUGUGAUGCGCAGUGUCAGGUAGUCGUGCUGGGAAGAAGAACUACUACAACACACGGAGAAACAGACGCAUCCCGACAUUUUGGACAGGGUGCAGGCUCUGUGCUCUCUGAAAGUCGCCAAGCGAUAAAGUGCCUGAAGGUCCCGCUCCCGAGCCUUCCGGAUCCAAGCCGAGCUCACGGUCCCUCCCUUUUGCAAGUGAGUUCCAUAAAAACCCGCCACCCCGCGCAGAGGAGCCCCUUCCUACGUUUCCCCCAGGGGCCUCUGCACUACCCUGCCCAGGCAGGGCCCCCCCCGACUCGCGCAAAGCCUCUCCCGAGCCCCUCGCGCCACCUCACUUCUCCAGCAGCCUCGCCCCGCCGGCGUGCCCCUGCCUCGGGCUCCCCUCGUACCCCGCCCCGCUCCGACAGCCUCCCCUCGCCGGCGUGCCCCCACCCCGGGCUCCCGUUGCGCCCCGGGCCGGGGCCGCUGCCUCACCCCAGCUCGCCAGGUGAGCGCGGCGCGUGGGCUCCAGCUCGCGCGGAUCGGCGUGCCAGGUCAGCGCGCGCCGCCGCGGCGGAAAGAGGGCGCGCGGAGGGGGAAGCGGCGCCCUGACGCUGCCACGCCACCACCACCCCACCCCCCGCCAAAAUCCCGGGCUGCCGCCGCAAUCUGAGAAGGCCCCUGGGGUAAGCGAAGCGCCGCUCCCGAGCCUGCCGCUUGCUGGGAGACGCGGAGGACGCGAGCCGGCACGAGCUGGGGCCCCCGCACUGCUCCAGCCCCCGCGCCCGUGUCCCCGGCGCCCACCUCCGAGCCCUCGGUGACC